UUAGUACAAUAAUUAGUACGAGCACUUGUUCAAGUAUGCGUAAUAAAUUGUAGAACAUCCAAGAAGUAAACCACAGUGAAAUAAUCUGUAGAUUUGAAAACAACAUCUUUGUGACGAACAAAAAAAACUGGAUCCAACAUGAGCUCACACAUCAAUAACCCUUUUGCGGAAUUUAGCAAACGAAAGGGCACGACCGAUAAAGGUAAAGACUACGAACAUCUUUACGUAGCAUAUGUACUUUUGAAUUUAGUUAUGGAUGAAAGUGUAGAAUAUUUUUACGUAUCAUCCAAUGACGAAAAUUAUGGAGUUUUUGAUGACGUAGUGAUUCACGUAAAAUACGUCGGCAAAGAAGCUCAAACGUUGGCAGUGCAACUGAAACAUUCGAACGAGAAUAAAAAGGACAUAAACGUUGCAGACUUGUCUAGUCCUAAAGGGAAAUACUUUAGCAUGUACAAAUAUCAUACAGACUACAUCGAGACUGUCAAAAAAAUCGGUCAUUUUAAGGCGAUUUUAUUGACUAACCGUUCUUUAAAUGGAAACGUAAAACAGCUGGAGAUCGACAAAGAAACAGUAACUGUUCAAGCUGAAAUGAAGCAAGACGACUUUAUAAAUAAAUUGCUAAAUACUUCAGGUCAAGCAAACAAUUAUUCGUACGUCUUUACACCGACAAAUCCAUCCUCCGACUUCUUCAAAAACUUUCAUUUAUACACUAACCAAGCCAACGUUAGUGCUCUUGAAGCGAUAACACUAAAAUUGUUUCAAGACAGUUUUGACGCCCAAGAACCUGCGUUUAACGAGUUUAAGAACGUGAUAAUUAGAUGGAGUAUGAUUGAUGGGUCCAAAAACACGUUAGACAAAACAUUUGUGAAAAAUCUUAUUGCCCUUACCGCGUUGUCGCCUUAUGUGAAGACAUUGGCACUGUCAGACAAUAGCUUAAUUAACAAUAAUGAACAAGCCUUUAGAGAUGCAGUUUCCGAGUUUAAAAUAACAACACUAAGCAAAAAUUAUGAGAUGAAAGUAAGGAAUCUCUGGACAAAAUCUGUAGAAGGGGAAAUCAACGAAGAAGAAUUUAAAUAUCUUAGUACGCUUCUGACCCCUUUAGAUAAUAUUGCAGAAAUUAAUGACGCGCAAAAAACUAAAAUCUUCUGGCUUAUGGGCAAAUCUCCUUUAGUUGUGGACGAAUGCGCGGAAUUUUAUAAGAUACAAAAUUUAGUGGAAAACAAGAACAUCUUGAUUUUGUGUUCUGCGAGAACUGAAGAGUCAAAAAAUAAUAUGGCAAAUAGUGUGUUUGAAAAUUUGUCUGACUUAGCGAAGGAAACAACACUUUAUGAUAGAAUUUUAGAUACGUUUACGUACUCAUUAGAAGGGCAAGCAGAGACCACUUUAAGGAAAUUGAUAAGUGUGGAUAACAAGAUAGCCGACUUGAUUACUACAGACAGACUCGUUGAAAUGAUCGAUGGUCCAACACAAUUUGGAAAAGAAGCAGAUCAAUUACCAUCUUGCCACAUCUCCAGGACUUUAUCCAAAGUUAUCGUCGGCGUUGGAUUUCUACAAAGCGUAGAAGAUAAUUUAAUUAUAAUUCACGACGUCGAGGACAAGGAAACAAUGAUCAAUAAACUGAAAAAGGUUGAAAUCAAUAAUGAAGGAAUCACAAAAAUAACUUUUCAUAACAAUAACUCCAGGAGUAACGUAAUGUAUAUCGUGGACUCAGAAUUGGAUUAUGAGGAGUUUAGGGAAUAUGCUCAUAACACAACCAAAGCAAACUGUCAUCAGUUUAGAUAUCUCGAAAAUGGUCAAAAUGAUUCAUGUUUAGAGUGGAUAAGAAGUAAGAAUCACGUGGAUGAACUCUCAAGUUUCAGGGUUGAUCAUCAGUAUGAUUAUUCCAAACAUGAAUCAACAUUAUGUGGUAAAGUCGAAAACGAUAUAAACGUAGUGUGUGCUAACGCAGGAAUGGGAAAAAGCACACUAGCAAAGAGCUUAAAAAUCGGCAGUUGUUCGUCAGUAUGGACACUUAUAAUAAAUGCCAGAGAACAUGCUGCCCAUUAUUCAGAAAUGAGACAAAAUAUCAAAGAAUUUCUAACAAUCAUGGUGUCCGUCUUGUAUAAAGAUUCACCAGAAAAAAAGAUAUUCCAAAAAUUUAUCGAGAAGAAGAAGGUACGCAUCAUUUGGGAUGGCCUAGACGAAGUAUCGGAUAAAAAUCUUACAGCAAUCUUGGAAGUUGUGCAAGAAAUUGCUAAGAGUGGGAUUAAACAAUGGGUUACGUCUCGAAAAAACUUGAAGGACAAACUAGAAGAAAUUCUGAAAACGUUCUCCAUCGAAAUACAAGAGUUUAACGAAGAACAACAGCGGGAAUACAUUCAGACGAGGUUAAAUCUUUCGGAGGCAGACGCGUCGGUGGCUUUUGAACAAGUGAAACUUUGUGUACCGUUUUUAGACAACAACCUUUUGGGAGUUCCACUGCAAAUAUAUCUUCUGACGGAGUUUCUACUUUCGAAAUCAGAUGUAAAGUUGUUUCUUAAUCAGAACAAUGAAAUAAUUACGGUGGUAGAUUUAUAUGAAAAUUUUGUUGAUGAAAAGUGUAGAAUCUAUUAUACCGAAAAGCGCAACAUAAAUUUAAAUAUAGACCAAAAUAGAGAAAGAUACAUCACGGAAAAGCAGUCUAUAAUCGACAAUUAUGCAGUGACAGCAUUUGAUUUCUAUAUCGGUAAAAAUUCUAAAAACACGUGUAGUAUCUUUUUCUGUUCUUCUCGAAGUAAUGAAACUGAAUUUUUAGAGAAAAUUAGAAAUGAUGGAGACCCUGUAGGGCUUAUAAAUAAGGUCGACAGUAAUCUUGAACCAGAAUUUAUUCACAAUUCAUACGGUGAAUACUUUGCCGCCAUUUAUCUCCAUAAGAAUGACCCUAAAAGAAGUCGUGAUCAGAAUUUUAUUUGCAAUGACAAAUACAAUAAUAUAAGACUUUUUCUCGAUUUGUUGUUAUUGGCGGGAUUUAUAAAGGAAGAAAAAAGAAGUUGUGUAGCAAUUCUUUAUAAAAAUUAUAAACUUUUGCCACGGUGUGGUUCUAUGACAGCACAGAACCUCGCUGAAGAAUUACGGUUAUCGUGUGCUUGGAGCAAAAAAUAUCCGCUGAUAACUUCGUCAAGUAUUUCGCAAGACAACAUUGCUAGAUUAACAAAUACUGGAGAUACGUUAAAUUGCCAAAAGAUUCUAAAGCGUUUCGAAAACAUUAAAGAUUCAUUGCACAUCUGUGUUAAAAACCUAAUGCUUCUAUUGCCCUUUCUGAUACCAAUGUAUAAUAGCAACGCGCAUUGUUUUUACAAAGAACACUUGCUUACAAUUCUGUUUUAUGUAAUAAAAUUUGAUUUCGCGUUUGUCUUUGCUUGCAACAAAGAUAUCGACUGGUUAAAAAAUAUUCAUCAAAGUAUCGAUUCAAAAGUCCUCGUGUCCUUAAUAACAAAAUACCGCUCAUUUAACUGUUUGGAAGUACUUAUUAAACAGAAGAAAUAUGGAGACACACUACUCCAUAAUGUAAUGUCAGAGUCGACAGUUUCAGAUUUAAGGGCAUCUUAUUAUUUAUUUUCGCGUUUACACAGUGAAGCCCAAUCCGUUCAGUCCGUACAUGCGAUAUUUUCAGGAAAAAGCUCGGUAGAGUUUCAUAAAUUACUCAGUGUUAUUAAAGUUGACGGCAAAGACAAUCUUGGUCGAAUGCAAGUACAUUACGCGUGCGAAGUGGGAGACAUUAGGAGACUCAAAGCAUUAGUUUCUAAAAGUGCCGACCUAAAUGCAUCAGAUAAUCAAGAUAAAAGACCUAUACACUAUGCUUGUGAAAUUGAAAAUUAUAAUAUGGUAAAGCUGUUGGUGGAACAAGAAGUUGCAUUAGAUGUUUGGGAUUCUCUAGGUCGUACCCCUUUACACUAUAUAUGCAAUAAAGGAAAUUUUAAAAUUGCAGAAUUGUUAGUAAAUGCAUGUCCAAAUGUAGAUGUUAAAGAUCAAGAAGGCAAAACACCAUUACAUUUUGCGUGUCAGAAAGGGCAUAGGUAUAUUGUAGAAUUACUGUUAAGUAAAGGAAGUGACAGAAAUAUAGCAGACAAUAAUAACAAAAAACCAAUAGACUGUGUGCCUGAUAUUGAAAAUGAUUCAUAUAUUUCGGCUAUAAAAGAAAUGUUAAGUGAAUAAGUUACUCAUUGACUGUUGUGUCAGACAAACUAGCUUUUUGUUAUCGUUUAGUUUUAUUAUUAAUUGUACAGUGAAUUUAUAUUUAUUUCUUGUUUGUAAAUAUCAUUUUACAGCUGUA